AUGAGACCGAGCUGUCUUUCGCCGGCGUCGCAGAUCCGUUUGGCGGCCGACUUUCAGCGCUACAGUACCAGCGACGAUGAUUCGGGAUGCGUGAUGGAUGAAUACGCGUGGGUUCCCAGUGGAUGCAAGCCUGAUAUGGUACGUUGAUUUUGUAGUCGUUUUUCUCGUAGGGUACCCCAUAGAUUUUUUUCAAAUUUUGUACGAAUUUUGUGUAUGGACUGUAGUUUAUAGUUUGGAAAUUUUAGGCUGUUCUUUAUGUUUGCAGCGAAGAUAUUACGCAAUGUUGCAAUUUUUGCGAGAGACCACGUAAAAUAUAGAGAUUGGGUCAGAAAAGAAAAGCUUUUUUUUCAUCUGUCUUUGUGAAUAUUGCACAUGAAAAUUUGAGUUUCCAAAGAGCCACUGCAUUUUUUCAGUAGCAAACCCUCAUUUUGUCAUUCCAAAAUUUGGAAAUUUCCAAUUUCAGGGCACCCUCUUUUUGCCCACUUUUCACACUGACUUUUUUUGAAUUUUUCAUUGUUUUAAUGACGUCACUAUUCUUCCAGGUCCACUCCUACUUUUCCUCGCUACCAAACGACAAGGUCCCAUACGUGAAUUCAGCCGGAGAGCAGUGGAGAGUCAGCCAACUGAAGCGUCAACUGCCGCCUCAAGACUCGGACCCAAGCUACUGUUUGUCGCUGAGCGAGGCCGAGGCGCAGCAAUUGCUUCAGUUCGAAGCUGUGAGGAAACGACAAUGCCUCGGCAAAGGCGUAAUCCGGCCACAUUUGCCCUUCGAAAAUCAACGGCGAUAUUGUCAUCAGGUAGGGUGUGAUAAACAAGGGAAAGGCUCAAAGUGGGACGCUCAGAUUUGAACGAAACUAGGGACAAAAUUAGAUUGUAGCUUUCUAAAAGAUAUGUGAAAUUUCCAGCUCGUUUUUGGCGGAAACUGCAGAGAUUUUUGGGUCGAAAAUUGGAAAAAUAUGAGACAUUUCUUUGCAACUUUUGGCGUAAAAAGUUUGGUAUUUAGUCAAAAACUGCAGUUCAAUUGCAAAUUUAUGAGUAAAUUAGCCAGCCCUAUUGUGUGACCAAAUCCCAUUUUUGUCAUCGACCAGCUGGGUCAUAAAUCAAAAAAUUUGGGGUUGGCCCGCACUGCUCUACCGCGCUCGCCUCGCAUUUCAGCGGACGCCAUCUGCGCAUUAAACGGGUUAAUCAUGCAUUACAAAUAAGAGCGAAAAUUGUAGAAAUGAUGACAAAAAGUGAGCAAAAUGUUUCCAAAAUCGCCCUAAGGUUAAUUUUAAAUCAGCCAAAAAACGGAUUUUAAGUACCGAAGAAUUAAUUUUAAAUACCAAAAAAUUUCAGUGUAAGCAAUCAUUUGGCGCGGACGACAUGGUGAUCGAGGCGCCGGAACGCUUCGGAAACCGGGCCUUUUGGCAUCCCAAGUGCUUUGUUUGUGUGGAGUGCACCGAGCUGUUGGUAGACUUGAUCUACUUCAAACACAACGACAACGUGUUUUGCGGCCGACAUCAUGCGGAACAGCUGAAACCACGGUGUGCGGGUUGUGAUGAGGUGAGGAAUUCUUUCCGAUUUUGCAGCCACUCCGUUCAUUAUAGUGAAAUACCUGAUCCAGAGACAAAAAACGUACCAUUUUGUAUCCGGGAAGUAUCAAAAAUGUGGCAAAAUACUUCCCUCUCCAAGUGAAAAAACUUCGUUUUGAAGGGCGCGCCCUUUCCCUCACAAAAAGAGCGGGCGCGCUUUUGAAAUCUGGGUUUUUUCAUUCGCAGAGGGAGGUAUUUUGCCGCAUUUUUUGAUACCUCCUGGAUGCAAAAUGGUACGUUUUUUGCCACUGGAUCAUGCCCCCACUGUACGUAGGAAAACAGAUACCAACGAUCUCAAUAUUUCCAACUAAUUCUCCCCAUCAUUUCAGCUGAUUUUCAACGAAGAAUGCACCGAAGCCGAGGGCCGAAUGUGGCACAUGAAACACUUUGCGUGCGGCGGUUGCGACUGCCAAUUGGGCGGCCUGCGCUACGUGGUGAAGGACACCCGACCCUUCUGCAUCACCUGCUACAACCAGCUCCCGCAACCCAUCCAGUGCAACACCUGCGGCGGCGAGAUUCAGGCCAACGAGCCGCGCAUCACCCAAGGCGAGGUGCAUUGGCAUACGGACGAGCGGUGUUUCGCGUGCAUUGGGUGUGCGAAAAAGUUGUUGGGCAGCAAGAAGUACUCGAUUAUCGGGAAUGGGCUGUAUUGCGGGCCGAACGGAUGUGAGCGGAGGAUCCGGCGCGCCAAGAACGGAGAGAAUCAACGGAAUUUCGGGCCGAUUUCGGCGAGAAUCCGAGGCGUUAGUCCGGAUCAAGUGGUGAUGGGGGGUGUGAGCCCUGGAAGUGCGAGAAACAGUGGGAAUUCGUCGAUGAAUGGGGGGAUAAGCCCUCGAAACGGCCUGAAUACCCCUAUGUUUACUGGAAAGCCCAUUUCGCCGAUGCUGACGGUCGAUCCGGCACAUCUCCGACCUCCCGGACCACCUCCAUUGAGGUCGCCACCAUUGCCGCCACAGACCUCAUUCCAUCAGCAAACUCCCCCCGAGAAUAUCUACGAAACAGUGGCGUUGCCGGAGACAAAACCCCGCCGAUUCCGCCGGCGAAUCCAUCGACCGGUCGUAACCGACGACUCGGAAGUGGAAGAGUGGGAUUCCACGUCGUCUUGCAGCAGCUCCAACUGGACGCACGCGAGGACCCAUCGGAACCGGCGAUCGUUGAGUAUGGAUGGCUGUACGGCCAAGUUGAACAACGUCGACGGCUGCAGCUAUGAUGACUUGGCCUUGGAGGAGAUGAAUUUGAAGAAUGGAAGGAGUGGGAGAAGGGCGCGUCCGCAGAACUUCUAUUCCGGAAUGCCGCCGAAUUUCGGAAGGAGAUCAAGGUAAGCAAGGGAAAAAAUUAACCGUCAAGAGCAAAAUUAACAUCUCCAAACUUUCUCAGCAUAAUCUUUUAGAGCCUCAUUUCUAACCGCUCUUUAUUUCCAGCUACACCACAACAUCCGAGAGCGACUCCGAGGACGAGAUUUACAUGGGGAAAUACGAUUCGGUGAAUGCGUCACUAACUCCCCGACGUCGUCCCGCUCAGCGACAAGCCCAUUACGAAAAACAACCUCUUCCAGCGCCAAAUCCAACUUCGGUUCGACGCCGAGCCGGCCCCAAACAAUUGAAUGCCCGGAGGAUUAAGAACAAGUCCAACUCGAAUUGUAUUGUUUCGUAA